AUGGCCGGUAUGGUGCCCCUGGCGCCCUCGGGGGACCCGGACUUAGGCUGCCGGCUGGUCUCGGCCUGCUCACCGGACACCUGCCACCACACGGCUGUGUGUGAGACCCUACUGAGCGGGGAGGCCAGAUGCGUCUGCACGCAGCGGCAGAUCGGCGACGGCUGGCGUUGCUACGGCAACCUGAUGGAGCGAAUCCUGGAGCUGGACUCGAUCGGCAGCCAGAGGGAGAAUCUGACCGGAGCCGUCGCCCUGUUUGGUAAAAUAAAAAAGGGGGAGGAGCCUAAAGACUCCACAUCUCCAUCCAGGCCUAUAAACACACGGGGCGAGGCCGAGGACGCCGCCUGCGAUUCGGUCGGCACGGCGACCGUCGGCUGCGCUUGCCUGCACGGCUACCAUGGCGACGGCCGCGUCUGCGUCCCCCAGAACCCCUGCCUGGAGAACCAGGGCGGCUGCCCCCCCAACUCCACCGUCUGCAGGUUCAGGGGCCCCAAAAGGUCCAGCUGCGAGUGCAUGGCCGGUAUGGUGCCCCUGGCGCCCUCGGGGGACCCGGACUUAGGCUGCCGGCUGGUCUCGGCCUGCUCACCGGACACCUGCCACCACACGGCUGUGUGUGAGACCCUACUGAGCGGGGAGGCCAGAUGCGUCUGCACGCAGCGGCAGAUCGGCGACGGCUGGCGUUGCUACGGCAACCUGAUGGAGCGAAUCCUGGAGCUGGACUCGAUCGGCAGCCAGAGGGAGAAUCUGACCGGAGCCGUCGCCCUGUUUGAGGGAGGCUGCUCUCUGCUAUUGAGCCACGGUGGACCCUUCACGGCCUUCGUCCCCCUGCUGAAGGCACCUCUGACCGGUGUCGAUGAGGAGGCGGUGUGCAAAAACCACCUGAUUCUGGGCCAGCACCUCCUGCAGGACCUCCAGGGGAAGGACUUCAGCCUCUAUGGAGGAGGGAAGCUGAGGGCCAAAGCCAACCAGAGGUUCAUCCUGAUGGACAACCCCAGGAAAUCCUACACCGUCCUCCAGUCCGACCUGCCAGCAGCCAAUGGGAUCAUCCACAUCAUCGACCAGCCAAUCAGGAGCUCGCCCACCUCCAGCUCGCGCCGGGACGAGCUGUUUACCAUUGGCACCAUCGGGGAGAUCCUGAAGAAGUACCCGCAAUUCAACCGCUUCCUGUCUCUGGUCGAUAACUGUGGGUCGCCCCCCCCCCUGCGUUCACGGGGACCCCUCACCGUGUUCGUCCCCACCAACGAGGCUGUGGACCGGUCCCGGGACGGCAGCCUCCUCUACAUGCUGCACGACGCCAAACACAAGCUUCAGGAAAUGCUGAGGCACCAUGUUUACUCCCGGGGGCAUAAUCCAUCAUCCAUUCAUCCAUUCAUCCAUUCAUCCAUUCAUCCAUUCAUCCGUCCAUCCAUCAUCCAUUCAUCCGUCAUCCAUUCAUCCAUCAUCCAUUCAUCCGUCAUCCAUUCAUUAGUCAUCAUCCAUCCAUCCAUCAUCCAUUCAUCCAUCAUCCAUCCAUCCAUCCAUCCAUCUUCCAUUCAUCCAUCAUCCAUUCAUCCAUUCAUCCAUCAUUCAUUCAUCCAUCAUUACCCAUCAUCCAUUCAUCCAUCAUCCAUCCAUCCAUCCACCCAUCCAUCCAUCCAUCCAUCCAUCCAUCCAUCCAUCCAUCCAUCCAUCCAUCCAUUAAUUCAUCCAUCCAUCAUCCAUUCAUCCAUCAUUCAUUCAUUCAUCCAUUCAUCCAUUCAUCCAUUCAUCAUCAAUCCAUCAUCCAUUCAUCCAUCCAUUAAUUCAUUAAUUCAUUCAUCCAUCCAUGGCUCCAUCCUGCUGGGCGAUAAAGGCGUCCGUUUGUCCGGCCCCAGCAUCAUUGGGACCAACGGGAUCAUCCACAUGAUGGAGGGGCUGCUGUACCCCCCCUCCAUCCUGCCCAUCCUCCCCCACCGCUGCGACUCCAACCAGAGCAAGAUCACCAUGAAUCUGAAUGAAUGA